AAGCUGAGAUAAGCUAGAGAGGAGAGUUAUCUAACUGUGGGCGUUGUAAUUAUACCUUAUCGGAGUGCAUCGAGCUAGCAGCGCGACUUCUUAGUUAUUUACGAGAAACAUCAAUGAUGUCGAUGCGAGUGACACAAGGUAAAGAUUAUUUCGAUCCUUCCGAUGGGGGAAACUUUUGGCGAAGAAGGACAGGUUUAGAACAAAAAUUAAUUAUUGUAUCAUCGAUACUUUUUUGUUUGGCUUUUGCACUGAUGAUAACAACCAUCGUAUUGGAUAAAAGACUGGAAAACUAUAAAUCCAAAUCAUCUGAUACUACUCCUGGUCCUACUACAGAUUCUACAUUAACGACGACAACUACAACAGCCGAAAAUGGCACUACAACAGCCGGAAAUGACACCACAACAGUCGGAAAUGACACCACAACAGCCGGAAAUGACACCACAACAGCCGGAAAUGACACCACAAACACCACAACAGCCGGAAAUGACACCACAACACGGAAAUGA